UAUAGUGGGUGGUUGAACCGUGGGAGAUAUGGGCGGGAAGUUGGAAAGUGUGUUACAGUUUUAGUGAUAAGAAAAUUGCAUCGUACACGGAACCGCUCCGCACAAUGGCAUCAGAAUCGAGAAGCAGUAUCGGUAAUUGUUCAAAUAUCAAUGAGAUUGAACUACAAAUUGACCAGGCAACAAUCAGUUUGACCACAAUCCUAGAAGCUACGACUUUGUUAUCAUCUCAAGUGGAAGACUUGGCUUCUAAGUGUUCAGCCAAUGCACAGUUCCUAAAAGCAUGGCAACAGCUGCUGAAGGAGGGCUGUGAGUCUUUGAAUAAAAGUGGAUUGUGGGAGUCAGAGCCCAUCCUGGCAGCACUUGGUCCAAGAAAAACCUACUGCAAGGACCUGGCAGCCCUUUAUUGAAGAGCAGACAUCCACACUUGGACCAUUUUUGCUUCCAAUUAACCUGUUGUGCAUGGUUUUGGGUGGUAUGGAAUGUAAACCCCACUUGAACACAGGGAAUAGUGGAGAUAAUGGCAGGAUGUGGGAUUCUAACCAAGGAUGCUGGUUUCGGUCUGGGACAAGGAUUGUGUUUUGUUAACUAUGUAGUUGAAUAGACACUUGGUAUAAAUCCAUCCGUCCAUUAUCAACAUUACUUAAUCUGGUUCAGGGUCACUGAAGGCAGAUGCAUCAAGUGGAUGUCACUUUAUAAUUUAAAUAUGUUGUAUUUUCUUACCAAUGUUAGUCUAAUGAGGAGAGUAACGAUUUAAUCUGCUUUAAUGCGAUUUAUAUUUAUAUUUUCUUCUUUUGCAUGUGAUGUAAAAUAAAAAAAAAGUGCAUUAAAAGGUCUUAUACAAAAUAUAGACAACAAAUGUGAUAUUUUAUCUAAAUGUAUACAUUCUUCUUGUAUGAAGUAUUGCAACAUAAGGAACUUUCUUAUUAGAAUCUGGCUUUGUAAAAAAAAAUAAAAUAAAAUACAACAAAUUCAUAUAUAACAAAAGUAUUUAAAUUAGGACACCAUUAAAAAAGGAAAAGGUUUUUUUAAUUACAGGUUGUACAAAGUUUUACAUUGUAACCAUGAUCUGCUCCGUUAAUUAUUUUAUGCAAAUAUGACUCAUUUUUACAGUUUGUCUUUAAUGAAAUGAUAAAAUACACAAAGCUAUGAAAAUGUAAUAUUUAUAAAACAUUUACAUUAUACAAAAUAUAUAUACAUUUAAAAGAAAUACUUAAUGUUCUGAUUUACCUUUCUACAUUUUAAAGUUGUCUUUUGACAAGUGUCUUAAUAAUUUGGCCAUUUUGUUUGUUACUCGGGCUUUAUGUAAUUAACGUUGUAUCCAAUGUUAAUAUUCUUUGUCUCUCUGGGUUAUUUUGUCACAAUUUCCUUAAGUUAAUUCUAAUUAAAUUGCAUUAUUUGAAAUUA